AUGUAUUCAGUGAAAACUCACUUGUAUGUACCAUUUUAUAUUAUUUUGAAAAAAACAAACAAGACAAAAUGUACACAUCCAGAAGUUUUGGAAACUUGCAAAUAUCAACUAUCAAUACCAGCUUCAUUAGCUAAUUUCAAAUUGAGUAAAGAUCAUCAUAUAUUAUCGGAAUUUCGUCCAUAUCGUCCAGUGGAACCAUUCAAGAAAUCUUUCAUUACAGGAUCAGAAGUUCAUGUUGAACCCAAAUUUCAAUUAGUUGAAUUUACUAAGGCAAAAUGGUUACAUAAAUGUGAUAUGAUUGAAAAAUUUCGUUCAAUGGUAUCAAGUAUUAUUAUUAAUAGAAGAAUGAUUAAACGAUUAAAAAAAUUAAAACAAAAAAUAAUUGAUGAUAAGGAAACAGUAUCAAAACAUUUAACAAACGAAAAAUAUCCAUACAAUAUUGGAAAUUCAAUUCAAUCCCUUGGGAAAUCGGAUUGUGGAACUAAAUUAUUUCAUCAUCAAGUUUGGUCAGAACGUGAUUUACUCUGCAAUCAGCAAUUGACAAAAUCAAAUCAUACGCCAUCAGUAUCAAAUAGUAGUCUAAUUCAAUCUACACAUCUACUACCGAUAACAUGUACAUAUAAUUAUAAUCAGCUAUUGAAAACAUUUACAACACCGAAACAUUAUUGGCCUUUAUUUGAUAUGCCUGUUACACUAGAUCAAUAUGAAAUGAAAUACACAGAUAAAUUUGAUUUAAAUCUUGCUAUGGAUUAUGCUAAAUUAAUACCGAUGGAUAUAAAUUAUGCAGAAUUAUUACCUAUACAACAACAAAAACCACAUAAUCGAUUGUCAUCAACCUCACAGGUCAUUGGAUCUCCAAUAACUUGUAAUAAUGAAUCAAUAAGUGGCUUAAAGCUUGAAUCAACAAUAACCAGUGAUACUUCUAAUCAGCUAGCGAUACGUUUACCACAAUCUAUUCAUUCGUUACCAAGAUCAAACAUGAACACUGAUAGGUGCUCAAAUAAUCAACAUCUACCCUUAACAUUAUUAAAUCAAUCUACUUUGAAUGAUUAUUCCCAUACACUAAUCAAUUCAGUUAAUCAAUUGUAUAAGCCUAAUGAUAAUAUUGUUUCUUCUAGUCUGUCUAAUUCAGACUACAUUGAUACAUUAUUAAUUAAUCUGGAUCAAACACAUGAUCAUAGUAUUCUCAGUCAAUGGAGUUCAUCAUCUAAUAUGCACAAGCCGUUAGUACCGUUAAAAAAAUUGUCAUAUCCAAAAUGUCAUCAAACUUCAAAGGAUGAUAAUAUUUUACAAGUAAAUGAACUACCAAAUGAAGAUGAAUCAAAUUCCCUGAAAAAACUGGUUGAACAAGAUAUUCAAGAUUGGAUCAAACGUUUCCCAGAAUUGAAUUCGGUGUUUUCAAUGGAAAAUGAGUAUAAUGAUAAUGAGAGAAAUGAAGAAAUAUCAUCUACAAUAAAUGACAGGAAUCAAAACAAUCCACUAUUGAAUUUGAAUAACGCACCAAUCGAAGAGUCAAAGAAAUAUCAGAAUGAAAUUUUAUCAGUGUGUAGAUUCAAAUUCUAAAAUGAUGAAUAGUCUAAAUAAAUAAAUUUAGAUGUACAAAAGGAGUAUAUAAUACUUCACUAAAUGUAUAAAUAUAUACGUCAGUAAGAG